UUGUCAAUGCCGUUUCAUGAAUACCCGGCUACACAUUUUUCGACAGUCAAACGUCAGGGACAGCCCGUCGUCGAGGCGCCAGACUCAAAAAAUACAAAAAAGCGACCCGAUCAAAAACAAGCGUCCAGCAUGAAGACGUGCAAAGGGGUACAGUCAAACCCUGCCCCCGAAGAAUGCGGAGUGUGGUUGGACACCGUGGAGCUCAAAGGAAAAGCAAAGCAGAAAAAAACAGUCAGGCCCAUCUCCAAGAUGCUCAACCCGCUGGCCAAAGCUGCCGGCUACAGCUCGGCUGUAGUAUUCAACUUCACACAAACCAAGACGGAGAUGCCAAGGACCAAACAGAGCUUUAUAUCCAGCUACUUUUCGCCUCGAAGUAAUUCUGAUGUGGCAUCGGAAAUAAAUCUUGGACCCGAAACAGACGGUGAGAUGUGUGAAGAAGGAGACGCUCGAGAGCAUGAUGAAGAAGAGCACAUUAACUGCGAAAUGCAAGAAGAGCAACCUAAUGAGAUGGAAAAGAACAUCUACAGAGAAAGGCAAAAAGAUAAAAUGGAACAGAACAUCGGCCGCAAAAUCCGAGAGGAGCAACCAGACACGUUGGAACAGAAAAUCCACAGUGAACUCAGAGAAGAGCAAGCAGACGUGAUGAAAGACAGCAUUAGCCCCAAAGUGGGAGAAGAGCAACCAUACGAAAUGGAACAGAACAUCAGGCCUCCAGUCCGACAACCAGACAAGAUGAAACAAAUCAUCCAUGGCAGAGUCCGAAAAGAGCGCCAAGAUGAGACAGAACAAACUCUCUGGCGUCAAGUCCGCGAAGAGCAACCAGACAAGAUGGAACAUGAAGUCCACCUCAAUGUCCCAGAAGCGCAACAAGAUGAGAUGAACCGUAGCCAACAAUCUUCCCUUCCAUUAAUCCGAAACUUAAUCAACUUUGAUGUAAGCGAAGAGGCCUUUCAGAUGGAGGUUCAAGGGAAGAAAACCUCCACUCAGAAACUGAUUCGACUUGCUUACUCUUCUCGUAAUGACGACAAGAAAGAAAGCAGCCCAUUAUCCGAGGGGUUUUCUCUUCCGAAGAAGCGAGCGAGGCAGCAUGACGAUGAAGACAGCCUGGCGCGGCUGUUCACGCAGGACUCCGACGGCUUUCGGGUGAUUGCGCACCGGAGUCGGAGGAGUCCCCUCAAAAAACGCAACAACAACGUCGUCGUCACAGCUGCCACGAUGCAACCCAUGAUGACUCCGUUUGACGUCAAGGACCUGCUCUUUACUCAAGACUCCCGGGGAAAUAUGGUGAUUAAACAUUGACACAAGGGGAACAGCAGAGAGAUUUUAUUUAUAAAAAAGUUGGUUUUGGUUUCACGGACAAUAAAGGUUUUUAUUUAUCA